AUGAGUUCCUGCGAAAAUCCUCGUAAUUACCUUCAGGAAGUGUCGGAUAUUAUUAAUGAAAUUGAGUGUCGAGUACCAGAACCAGAAAUAUGCAACAUCAGAUGUCCACCCUUAGGGUGUCCACGAGGACCUUGUCCAGGUGUGUGCGCUUACGAUGGAGUACCUGAUGCUUGCUGCAUGUCCAAGAUGCCUUGUUGUGCACCUCCUCCCCCACUUCUUUGCCGAGCACCCCCGGCAUGUUUAUUAAAAGCAUACGCCAAAGCGGUUGGCUACCCUCCCGAGUCCUGUUUUUCACCACCGAAGGCGCGACUUCGUUUAUUACUCGGUUUUCCGGCGCGUAGAAACCUGCAGAUAGAUUGUUCACCACAAUCCCCCUGUUAUUUCAGCCCUCCAAAUUGUACAUCCUGUUGCCCUGCCUCCACGUUUUCGUGUUUCUGA